UUUACUGAUCAUUUAUCUGAAUGGAUGGAAAUACUUGAAACAGAAAGAGAAAAUUCAAAAUUUUUGAAAAAUGAGAUUGAAAAUAUUGAUCAUCCAACAAUAAAUAUUCAAGCUAAAUGGAAUUUAGAUAUUAUAUUCAAAGAUAAUUUACCUU